AAAGAUCCUUCAGAUGAAAAACCGUUGGUCAAUAAUAAAGAACCUUGGGUGAUAGAUCAUAAUUAUGAACGAGUUUCUGCUUAUUUGGACGAAGAAGAAACAAUUCAAUUAAUUGUUGGAAGAACUACGGUUCAAAUUUGGCAAGGAAAUAAAGAUGAUGUAUUUCUCGAAUAUAUUUGGUCAAAUAAAACAAAACUAAGAGAUAAUGAUGAAGAAGAUACACUAAAUAUUGAAGAAUUAGAUGUUGGAGAAAGAACUUUUUACCUAAAAGUUUCUUGGACUUGUAAAGGUAUUAAGGAAAAUGCUACAAUUAGAUGGCCAUACCCAGAUGGACAUGUUACUGCUAUAAGACAUGCUUGUGAAGCUCUUGCUCAUUUGAAUUAUCGAAAAUAUAGACUCGUAGGUCAUAAAAAAAAUCAUAAGUUUGUAAAGUUAAUAAAUAGAAUUUCUCUUGUAAUUUGGAGAUUUAUUAAGAAAAAUCCAGUUGUUUGGAAAUUAAUAGAUGUUCGUUAUGAUGUUAUGAGGAACAUUAUCAUUGGAGGUUCUACAUUUCUUGUGAAAUAUAUUUUAUUUGGCGAAAAAGAUACGCAUUUGCACAUUCCUCAAAUUAAGCGAUGGGAAGAUGACACAAUUUAUGUCAAAGAAAAAAUUGUAGAACAGAAUGUGGAGAGCAUACAAGAUGAGUAUGAUAGA